GCGCUGAAGCCAAUCGUCAUUUGGCAUUGUGCGCCCCUCGCGCGUGAUUCAAAUCAAACGGGUGAGCCGCUGCGAGGGUUAGCGGCGGUUGUGGGGACCUCGCGGAGAACGGCGCGUGGCUAAGCUUGCAGCUAGUCAAGUGAAGUUGCAAGGCAGUUUUAUUGACAAAGCAAAAAAAUGGAAGACAAAGAAAAUGCUAUUGGAGCUACAUGGAGCGAAGUGGACUACAUGGUGGGGAAAAACUUAGCUUCUCCAAAAGCCUUACAGUCUCCUAUCAUACAGAAGCAAAUUACAAUGGCUACAAACUGUAGUCCUCUGGCUAAUACAAAAGGAAACUGUAGCCCUCUGACUAGUACUGAAGCAAACUAUAGCUCUCUGGCUACUACAGCAGCUGUUUCUGAACCUGCUGAAACUAAAAACCAGCACAUCUUGUUUAGGCAGACCUUAAACGAAAGAAAAACAAAAGAGAAGUUGCUGAAAACAAAUGCACCCCCCAACUUUGUUGCACCUCUUUCAGAGAAGCGUGUGCUUGGCUCAUACCGGGGUAGGAUAGUACAAUCUAAAAUAAACUCCUUCAGAAAAAUAUCAGAAAAUGAGGGUCGCAAGAACUCUUUGGCUGCUCCUCCUAAGUCAGCAGCAAGGGCUGGAUCCACAAGCAAUGUUACAGAUGUGAGGGAUGACAGAAUCACCAGCACAGUUAAUGCUUCUAAGUCUGUAGUUACCACCAAGUCUGUAGCUAUUUCUUCACUUCAGACCAGGCCUCCUGUGAGGGUACCUGUUGGCCACCCCAAGCCCAUUCUGAAUCAUGAGAAAAUAUCUAUCAGUAGUACAUCAGUGAAUAAAGGGGCAUCCCAGAGAAAGCCUGAUAGGACUGGGAAGCUGUCUAGUACUAAUAGUUCUGUGCAUGGGGCAAACAAAAAUGCUCCACCUAAAACUGGACUUGGACCACCUAGAACAUUAACCAGACUUGUUCCUGAUCCUUGUUGUGCUGUAUCGGCAUCAAAAUCAGCUGAUGACAGAAAAAAUAGUCGGGCAGAGCCUGCAGAAGUGAAAAGAAAUCGGCUAGCUGAAUGGCAGGCAUCGAAAGGGAUAAAGACACUGCCUGCUCCCUUAUCUGCAGAUACUCACUCUGAAAGAGAAUCACUUCAGCAAACUAUAAAGGAACCAGUUGAAUCCUUCUGGGCUGCCAUUGCAGAAGAAGAUGAACAAAGACUAUUAAGUGACAGAGUCAAUAAGAUACUUGCAGAAUGCCUGUGCUUAAUUGAGAAGGGUUACCCAGGUGAUACAGUACAUUCCACUUUGGAAAACCUGAUACUGACUGUGCCAGAUGCAAAAAGGUUUGCCAAAUAUUGGGUGUGCCAGAUGCGUCUUGAACAGUUUCGCUCCAUUGAAAAGGUCCUUGCUAUCUACGAACAGGCAAUUCUUGCAGGAGCACAUCCUAAAGAUGAGUUACGUUGUACAUUAGCAGAUGUUAUGAAGAGUACAAAAACCGUACCUAAAUCUGAGGAAUGUGCAAACAAAGAAAUUGCUCUAAAUCAUGAGGAAGAAGUUAAUUUGGAACAAGAGAAGACAGAAAAUACUUUCAAGGGCGUCUUGAAUAAAAAGGAGUCUAGUAAUGAAGAGACUUCUGAAAACGCAACAAAAGCUUGUUUGAAGUUGGAACAAGAGAGCUUUGCAGAUGAAAAAAAGGGCAGAAAUAAAGAACAGAGGCCAACAGUUCUUAAAAAGGAAGAGCAGGAUGGUGGGAAUGCCAACAGAGAUGGAAUCCUGGAGUUCAAAACUCCUGAAACUGACAAAGUGGGCUCCUACGUAAUUAAAUAUAAUUUGUCAACUACUCCCUACUUGGAAAGCACAAAGAAAAAAUUGCACUGUGAAGCUAAUGAUUCUGCUGUCAAGGAUCUGAAAUUUUUAACUCCUGUGAGACGUUCUUGCCGCAUACAGGAGAAGGUGUGCAAGUUGCCAGAUAUGCUGAAAGACCACAACCCUUGUGUUUCUUCAUUUGAACAACUUGGAGAAUUGGGAGCUGAAGGCAUUGGCUUCAUCUACAGAGAAAACAGUGCACUGCAGGAAGUCUGUCUCCACCAAAAAGGGCAAAACUGACAUUAUAGUACAAUUUCCUUUGAAUUGAUCAGAAAUAACACAAGCAACAUUGCUUUUGAUAACAUUUAGAAUAACUAUUGAAAAUAUGUUCCUAGUCUGCGGUCAUAGGUGUGUAUACAGUAUUUAAACAGUAAAUAGUCAUUGCUUUUCUGGAGGUGGGCAUCAAGUGGUUUUCUAAGGGUAUGUGUAUUAAUAAUAUGAGUUGUAUGAGUUUAUGUGUUCUAUGUUCUAAGAAUAAGGUGAAUCUGUAUUGUGUUUUGUUUAUAUUCUUUCUAUUUACAAAUAUCUUUGAAUCAUGCUCCUGUAGCUCAAUGGACACACAAUGCUCCCAUCUCUACCCAUGGUUAACAGGUCGUGGGAUGACACACUCGCAACCUUCAAUGGCCUUAACCCAAGGUCAAAUGACAUCUUCAUUGGCCUUAACUAUGAAAUCAACUUCAUUGAUAGGCAGGUAUAACCAAUUAGUUUGGGUUAAGGCCAUGGGGUGGGAACACAGGAGUACCCCAUCUGCCUCAGACCUAUAUAUUGACAUUUCUUAAAUUUUACCAGUACCUUGUAAAAUCUACUCUAUUCACCCUACUAUUCAAUAUAUACUGUUUCUUAAACGUUACCUUGGUGCUGUCUCUUUAUUUCAAUCUCUUGUAAAACCUGUCUCUAAAAUUCAGUGGUAUUUUUUAAAAACUUGUUUGUAUACAUUUUCCCCCACAGGUAUUAGAGAGUUAUUCAUUGGAGAAGUUUUAACACAUUUUGAAUGAGUGAAAGACACUAAUCUUGGUUUGUUUAAUAAAAUUUGUUUAUCUGCAAUUUUA